AUAAGGCUUGACUGCUGAAGUCAUUAUAUAAUAGUGAGAAAGACAAUACAAGAAGACAUACAUGCAGGUCAUUUCAUCACUUUACACAGAGUAUACAUUCAACUAUAAUCUCAAGUGGUCCAACUUUCAAAUCUUGUUUGCAUGGUUAAUCCUCUUAUAAUAUGGAAGCUCAGCGCAGGAAAACAGGUACACACUACUGGAAAACGUGUGAAAGUGUUGAGUUGUGUCUGACCAUUUUUUAAAGCAUCAGCACAACGUAUCAAAAAUCUUUCUGUUGGAAAACAUGUUAAAAUAAUCUUCACAGAACAGUAACGGCAUGCCACAUGAACUUUUUCAUUCACGCUGAAAUUUCUGUAAAACAACCUCACAUUGGUAAUAAAUAUGAACUCCACUGGGGUUGAUAAACAUUCUAGUCUAAAGCUUGUAUGUUCCUGAAGGGUUUUCUUAAUCUUCUCGCUAGCGUUUGUUCGUUGACCUGCUGGGAAAAAAAGGAAAAAAGCUGCUAGUCUCAUUGAGAGCAAAGCCCCUUUAGUUGAACUCCAGUAUAUAAGGCAGAACUUUGUCUUAAAUCUAAGACUUGCAGCAGCAGCCUUCAGCACCACAGACAUGUUGAACGUCAGUGAGCAGCCUCUGCAGUUCCUGCCCUCCAGGACCUCCGACCGUCUCCUACAGCCAUUCUGGGAUUAUUUGCUUCUUCACCACCUGCCUCUCAUCUCAUCUCCUUUUUUCCCCAUCCUCCUCGCCUUUUCCAGCUAUUUCUUCUUCAGUAUACCUUUUGCUAUACUGGACGUCUUGGGAGAAAGGGUGCCUUUAUUCCACCAGUACAAGAUCCAAACAGACAGGAAGCCAACUCUGGGAAUGAUGGCUAAGAGCUUCUCCACAGCAGUGUAUAACCACAUCUUCUUUGUUCUACCAGCUGUAAUAAUCAGCAUGUUCUUCUUGUCUCCACCAGCACUUCCACCACAGGCUCCAACACUGUAUGAGCUAUUUGUUGAUGGACUGGCUGUACUCCUGCUAUUUGACACGCAAUAUUAUAUUUGGCAUUUCACGCAUCAUAAGCAUCCACAGCUGUACCGCUGGAUUCAUGCCAUCCACCAUGAAUACAUUGCACCAUUCUCAUGGUCGACUGAACACCUGAGCAUCCCAGAACUGAUGACAGUGGGACUCUGGAGCAAUCAGGACCCAAUUCUUUUAAGAUGCCACCCACUGACCACGUGGUCCGUCACAGUUUUUAGUCUCUGGAUGUCUGUAGAAGACCACAUAGGCUAUGACCUGCCGUGGGCCCUGAACCACCUGGUGCCUUUUGGCCUGCUGGGUGGUGCACCAGCUCACGACAUGCACCACCAGAAGCCAAACAGUAACUUUGCUCCUUUCUUCAGCCACUGGGACAGAAUCUUUGGCACCGCUGUGCCUUUGAAGAAAAAAAAUGAUAAAAGAUAAUAAGUGAAUGUAAUUCUAUAAUCACUCCUGUUUCCUUUGACUUUGUCAGUCUGACACAAUGUUCUUUGCACUGUCACAUUCUUUCCCAUUUGGUAAAUCUCCUAUUUUUCUACUUUGAAUUACAGUUGCCUCAUUGUGUAGCACUUUCUGCCUCCUUGCUGGUGUCUUUUGUUUGGCAGCUUUCUCAGCGUAUUAUCAAUGUUGGUUACAAUGUGUAUAUUUUCAAUUAAAAUCAUGUUUACAAAGAA